AUGUAUUGGUUUAUCUUUCUCAUCUUGGCUGUAAGACCAGACUUCUCCAAAGGACUUAAUAACGCUAUGAAAGAUUUCUUCGACUCAAUGACCAUUGCAAAUGCAACGUCAGUCGAAGAUUUCAAAUGCCGGGACAUACAAUUAGUUGAUGAGACGGCGUUCGAAGGUUGUUACAGCUGUUACAGGUGUGAAAACGAGAGAUACAUAGCGCAUUCAAGAGCUGGAAGUUUCACACGGAACCUCAGAUUUUCCAAAAUGACAAACGGCAACUGCGCAACGGAGAAUUUGUGUUGCGUUUCUCAGUCGGCGUUUACGAGUGUCAGAACUCAACACGAUUGUGGCAAGAUCAAUAGAGAAGGAAGACCACGUAGUGUACGUCCCGCUCUGAGGCACGUUCUUCCCGGACAGUAUCCUUGGAGGGUGUGGAUUUAUGCCGAUGGCGACAAGAAAUGCGUAGGCACGUACAUUAACUUCAAUCCUGAUGUGUUGGUGACAACUGCAUCUUGUAUGAGCUACAUUCAGAACUCAGAUGCACUCACCGUGAGGGUAGACAGAGAUGACAGUGCGGAAACUGCUGUAACUAACUUCAUACUCCAUCCGGAUUUUCAUCUAAACCAAGUUGAAGCCUAUAAGACGCCGAAGAAUAAUAUAGCAUUGGUGAAAAUGGAAUCUAAGUUGCCCAACCUGAGACCCAUUUGUAUACCAGAGGCCAGAGUCGAUAUUGGGUCGCCAUGUGUCGUCGUAUCCGCGGAUAAUAUUUAUAUUAACGCAAUAGUUCCCGUCCAGGAGAAGUGUCAAAACACAGACCCAGCGAUCCUUUGCGCCAUGGUCCCGCCCAAGGACUACACCCCGGAAGACGGGAGCGGGCUGUUUUGCGUAGAUCAGAAUGCCUCCGAAUCAAUUUACCUAUUACACGGUAUCAUGGUCGACAAUGAUGACCACGUUAUCAAGUACUUGAAUAUAAGCCAUUACGAUUCAUGGAUAACGGAACAAAUAAAAUCGUUGUAA